AAAAGAGAAGGAGGGUUCGAUUUAACUAGGCAUAUAGACUUGGAGAGAGGCGCAAAGCGAAGAAGUAGCUUAAAGACGCUUUCACAAAGAAGCUGCUGAGAGUGGAGGAAGAAGAGGGAAGACGAUUCACUUCUUUCCCGCCACUUCCAUAGCCUUCCCCAAACCCCUCCGGUGGUGAGCAAGAUGUUGUGGGUAGACAAGUAUAGGCCAAAAUCGCUCGACAAGGUCAUCGUUCAUGAAGAUAUCGCUCAAAAUCUCAAGAAAUUGGUAACGGAGCAAGAUUGUCCGCAUUUGCUCUUCUAUGGGCCGUCAGGCUCGGGUAAGAAAACCCUAAUCAUGGCGCUUCUCAAGCAGAUUUAUGGUGCCAGUGCUGAGAAGGUGAAAGUGGAGAACAGGGCAUGGAAAGUUGAUGCUGGGAGUAGAACUAUUGAUCUGGAGCUCACAACAUUGUCAAGCACCAAUCAUGUGGAACUUACUCCAAGUGAUGCAGGCUUUCAGGACAGAUACAUCGUUCAAGAGAUCAUUAAAGAAAUGGCCAAGAACAGACCAAUUGACACCAAAGGAAAGAAGGGAUAUAAGGUGUUGGUACUAAAUGAAGUUGACAAGCUUUCACGAGAAGCACAACAUUCUCUGCGGAGAACAAUGGAGAAAUAUAGCUCAUCUUGCCGUCUCAUCUUAUGCUGUAACAGUUCUUCAAAGGUUACAGAAGCCAUCAAGUCUCGUUGUCUCAAUGUGCGGAUAAAUGCACCUUCGCAGGAAGAGAUAGUGAAAGUGUUGGAGUUCGUUGCAAAGAAAGAAAGCCUGCAACUACCCCACGGUUUUGCUGUUCGUAUUGCCGAGAAAUCAAAUCGCAGUCUUAGAAGAGCUAUUCUGUCACUUGAGACUUGUCGUGUCCAAAACUAUCCGUUCACAGAUAACCAAGUGAUAUCUCCUAUGGAUUGGGAAGAGUAUGUUGCUGAAAUAUCAACUGACAUGCUGAGGGAACAGAGCCCUAAAAGUUUGUUUCAGGUGCGCGGGAAGGUAUACGAGCUGCUGGUUAAUUGCAUUCCACCAGAAGUCUUACUGAAGAGGCUUCUUCAUGAAUUACUGAGGAAACUGGACUCAGAGCUGAAGCUUGAAGUCUGCCACUGGGCCGCAUAUUAUGAACAUCGGAUGAGGUUGGGUCAGAAAGCCAUAUUUCACAUAGAAGCAUUUGUGGCCAAGUUUAUGAGCAUAUACAAGAACUUCCUCAUCUCAACAUUUGGGUAGAGAAGAGAAGGAUGGCUCCUAAUCCAGGAAAAAAGAGGACAGACUUGUUGUACUGUAUUUUUUUCUUUUAAUGCUAUGUUUUCGAGGCUCUUGAAACUAAGGUUUGGUGGGUGGAUGUUUAUUUCUUUACCGUCUUCGUUAGACUUGAACGGUCUUAUUUUCAAUCACUAUGGAAUCGGUUUUGUUGAUCAGUAG